AUGACAAAUUUUAAAAUAGGACAAUGUCUUAUAGAAACUAGCUACCGAUAUGAUCCUACCACGGAAUCCCUUCGUCUGCUUUUAUCUCAAAUAUUGUCAGUAGCUCGCAUAGAGCGCUGCUUUGUUGUCAUAACCGAUGACUGGUAUGAUCCCAUCUAUGACAAGACAUUCUUCCAAUACCCCCAUGCACCACUGACAAAUUUCUAUAUAAAAAUUCGAGAUAACGAAGACCUGAAGGCACCAAAUUAUCAGACAGUGCGGGUUUUGAAACAAAUCAAGGUGUUCAAUUGUGACAUUCAUUUCAUUACUCUGCUAAAUGGAGGACAGGUGAAACGAUUGCUUUUGUUUUUGGAAAAAUAUCGUGUCCUCAAUACAAAACUUAAAUUUGUCUUUAUUUACGAUGAACGAUUAGUUGCUGAAGAUAUGCUGCACAUCUGGUCAAAUAUGAUAUCGUCAAUAUUUAUUAAACCGUUGGAAGAGAAUGGAAAGUUCCUCGUGUCGACAAUAGCAUUUCCAAAUAUUUUCAAUGGCAUGGUGGUAACCAAACGUUUGAUGGUAUGGUCCCAAGGAAGGAGUAUAAAGAAAACACAACUAUUUCCAAACUCGUCGUCAAAUCUAAGGGGUCACCAUUUACCGAUCGCUGUCUAUCAGCAUAUUCCGAUGGUAAUUGAAAGCGAAAAUCAAUCUGGAAAAACAUUUCAAGGUCUUGAAAUCGAAAUCAUUAAAUCUUUGGGAGAGGUUAUGAAUUUUAAACCCUACUUCUAUGAAAGUUUCGAUACUGCGGUGGAGCGAUGGGGCACUAGAUUGUCUAAUGGUUCCUUCAGUGGUUUAAUAGGGCAAAUAAGCUCACACUCUGCAGCCAUAGCAAUUGGAGAUUUGCAUAUAUUUACCGCAUACAGCGAAGUCCUAGAUUUCAGCCGACCACAUAGUUAUGAGUGUUUAACAUUUCUCACGCCCGAAUCAUCACAGGAUAAUUCAUGGAAAACAUUUAUUCAACCAUUCAGUUCCAGUAUGUGGAUCGGCGUUAUGCUGUCACUGUUUUUGGUGGGCACGGUUUUUUAUUUCCUCUCAUUUUUACAUGCCCUACUAAUGGGUAAGAAAUCGUCGAAAUUAAAUGCAAAUAAAUUCUUUGCCCCUUUCCGAAAAAGACAUUCCAUUAGUCACAUGAAUAUUCAACGCUUUCGCGAUGUGAAAUUCCGUCGAUAUUUAAAUCAAAUGGUUGUCCCGAAGAAGCGAGAAGAUCUAUUUGAUAAUUUUUCAAAUUGUAUUCUAUUAACAUAUUCCAUGCUGAUGUACGUGUCGAUACCAAGAGUGCCAAGGAAUUGGCCUUUACGUGUAUUGACCGGUUGGUAUUGGCUCUAUUGUAUACUGAUAACGGUCAGCUAUCGGGCUAGCUUCACGGCUAUUUUAGCCAAUCCUGCGCCUAGGAUUACCAUUGACACCUUGGAAGAAUUACUGCAAAGCCGUUUAACAUUAUCCGUAGGAUCCAUUGAGAAUAAGAAACUAUUUGACAAUGCCUUCGAUCAAAUACUUAAAGAAUUGGGCACGAAUACAGAUGUCUUGACAGAUAUUACAGGUGUUACAGAAAAAAUUGUCAAAGGUGGUUAUGCCUACUACGACAAUCAAUACUUUUUGCAGCAUCUUCGUCUAAUGACAACCGAAAGCAACGACGAUGAUUCGGUUCUGCACAUAAUGCGAGACUGUGUCGUCAAAAUGCCCGUGGCUUUGGGUUUGAGCAGAAAUUCGCCGUUAAAGCCGCACAUUGACAAUUAUUUGGAACGUCUAAUUGAAUCGGGUCUUAUAAAUAAGUGGCUACAGGAUGCAGUUGAACAUUUUCCCAACGAAGAACUCGCCCCAGCCGAGGCUAUUAUUGAUUUACACAAAUUUUGGAGUUCAUUUGUGCCCUUGCUAUUUGGUUAUUUUUGCGGCCUGGUUGCUUUGCUAUUGGAGCAUGGACACUUUCGAAGAGUCGUACUGCCACAUCCUUUGUAUGAUAAAGCCAAUACAAGAUUGUAUUAUAAUUUCAAACGUAAAUUUCCAAAUAAUUGA